CGGAAUUUAUAUGGCUUUACCAGCGAAGAUUGGCAUUACAGCUAGCUCUACACACAUUUCUUGGGGAAUGCCAAUGCAGGUUAGGGGGGUCCAAUAGCUAGAAGACUGACUUUGAUUAUUGUGGAUCAAAUAUUAAGAUCACAGCAGUAUGGGAGACUGGGAGUUUCUUGAAAAACUGUUGGAUCAGGUGCAAGAGCACUCCACAUCGAUUGGGAAGAUCUGGCUUAUGGUGCUUUUCAUCUUCCGAAUCUUGAUUUUAGGUCUGGCGGGGGAGUCUGUUUGGGGAGAUGAACAGUCUGAUUUUACCUGUAAUACAGAACAGCCUGGAUGCACCAAUGUUUGCUAUGACAAAGCCUUCCCCAUAUCUCAUGUUCGUUAUUGGGUACUUCAGUUUCUAUUUGUCAGUACACCCACAUUGUUCUACUUGGGCCAUAUAAUCUAUCUUUCAAGGAAAGAAGAAAAAUUAAAGCAAAAGGAAAGUCAACUGAGGGCUUUGGAUGACAAAGAACAAGUUCAACAGGCUAUAGCUAUUAUAGAAAAGAAAAAACUGAAACUGUAUAUCCAAGAAGAUGGAACAGUCAAGAUCAAAGGAGCCCUAAUGUGUACCUAUCUAACUAGUGUUAUCUUCAAAAGCAUAUUUGAAGCUGGGUUCCUUCUUGGCCAGUGGUACCUUUAUGGGUUUGUUAUGAUUCCAAUUUAUGUCUGUGAAAGAGUACCAUGUCCCCACAAAGUAGACUGUUUUGUAUCCCGGCCCAUGGAAAAAACUAUUUUCAUAGUUUUCAUGUUAGUGGUGUCUCUCAUAUCAUUAUUUCUCAAUAUACUGGAGCUUAUUCAUCUAAUUUGUAAGAGCAUGAUCAAUACCUUGAAGAAAUAUUCACCAUACAACCCUGCCAACCGAUAUACCAAGAAUGAAGAUGCAUAUCCAGAAAAGACAUCAGAAACGGCCACAGCACCAUUCCAAGACAAAACCUAUAUUUACCUUCCCAUGAAUGAGAAUAUCUCAUACCCACAGUACAAGAUGCCAAAUGAGCAGAAUUGGGCAAACUUUAACACAGAGCAGCAGCUAGCACUAAAUGACCAGUCUGCUCUAGGACAUUACAGCCUCAGUGCCUUCAUGCCUGUAUCUCCAAAAACUCAUUCAACAGUGGAAAAGCCCACCACCAGAGCCAGUAGUUCUGCUUCCAAGAAGCAAUAUGUUUGAGGCAGCUGUUUGCACUAUUUAUUUUCUCAGUCUAAAUAUGGGGCAGGUUUUCUAUUGAACCUUUCUUCAUUUACAGGUUGCUUAUAAGUUGUAAUUUAUAUUCAGUGAUUAAAAAAAAGGACCAGCUACA